GUCUGAACUUGAUGAUCAGCCAGGGUUUCAAAGAAGCACUGGAAAUGGAUUUGAGAGACGUGUUUCGGGAGAAAGGAGAAACUGAGUGUUAUGAAUGGCACCAGGAAGUACUGGGAUUUCAUGAAAACACACGACAGUGUCUCAGUCCUGAUCUUCAAUUCUACACAGGAGUCCUUUAUCCUGGUCAAGCAGUUCCGCCCAGCUGUCUACAUGAGUGAGUGUGCAAGGCAAGGGUUGGUACCACCCGAUGAGACAACUGAAGAUGAUUCUUCUCACUCAGUCAAACUCCUGCCUGCGUCUGUUGGCGUGACCUACGAGCUUUGUGCUGGAAUUGUCGAUAAGCCAGGGCUUUCUCUGCAGCAAAUAGCCAAGGAAGAGGUUUUGGAGGAAUGCGGCUACAAUGUGCCAGUGGAAAAGUUGCAGAAGAUUACCUCAUACAGGUCCGGUGUUGGGGUGACAGGAUCCAAGCACACCAUGUUUUACGUGGAGGUAUCAGAUGAUCUACACGUAGGAUCGGGUGGAGGGCAGGCCGAGGAGGGAGAGCUGAUCGAAGUGGUUCACGUGCCCCUGAAAGACUGGCAAACAUUUAUAUUUGACGAGUGCAUCCCCAAAACAGUGGGUGUGAGUUUUGCUUUCAUGUGGUUUCACAACAGCAUUGCACCUCAACUGCAGGGCUCCAAGUGCCUGGCGUCAUCCUCUCGAUGAGGAACCAGUCCCUCGCGAUGAGCUUUGACACUACAGUUGAGUCAGUGUAAACUAGGGCAGAAUCAGUGCCAGAAGCUCUGUCAAACACAAACAGUUUCAGGGCUGAUCUCAAAUUUAAACACAAAGAUCCACCUUCAGGCAUUUUUAUAGUUGUUCAUCUUCACUUCUGAUUGACUUUUUCUGAGGAAAACGGGAACAGCAGUUGACCGUUCAGCCCAUCAAGCUUGACCCACCAUUCAACAUGAUCAUGGCUGGUCAAACACUUUAAUGUCUUUGACUCUACCUUAUACACACUCAAAACCUCAGCAGCCACGGCCCUGUGUGGGAGAGAAUCCCUAAGGUUCAUGACCCCGUCAAAAACUAUUUUCCUCACCUUGGGGCUAAGUUCACAUUCCCCCUUACUUUUAAAUUGUGCCCCUGGUUCUAGACUCCCCAACCACUUGCAUCUAAUCUGUCUAUCCCUUUCAGUGUUUUGUGAAUUUCAAUAAAAGUACCUGUCAUUGUUUGAAACUCUCGAGUAUAAGAUACAGUUUGUCCAAUCUCUCUCUCCAAAGGGCAGUCCUGCUCUCCCAGGAACAGGACUGGCUGGUGAACCUGUAUUGUACUUCCCCCAAUGGCAAUAUUCUCUUUCUUGAGAUAAGGAGACCAAAACUGCACACAAUGGUGCAGGGGUGGUCUAACCAAGCUCCUGUACAAUCCCAUGAGUUCUUUAUGACAUCUUGGGAAGGCACGGUGGCUCAGUGGUUAGCACUGCUGCCUCCCAACACCAGGGUCCCAGGUUCGAUUCCGCCCUCGGGUGA